UCGAGUGUCGACUGUCGGCCGUCGGCGGUCGAGCAUUCGUGAUCCGUCGCCGAGUGUAUAUAAACGCCCCGGCGCACUGGCAUCCACUCAAAGUGUUUCUUGAAACUGACCGGGCGCGAAACGAAAUCCCAGAAUAUUUCUGCAUCAAAAACAAAAAAAAACAAAAACAAAAAGAAACCCCAAAACCGUAAAACGAUAAUAACAAGUGUAUCUUUGAGAUACACCGCAGUGCAAAACACACAGUUUCUUUAAACCGACGAUUUAGCUGCUUCAAUCUGAGAAUGAAGUGCCAACUGCUUUUCGUGGCCACCGUGUGCCUGGCCAGCGUCUGGGCGCUCCCCGUUCCGGACGAGGAGGUGGCCAUUCAGCCGGAUGGCGGCUCCAAGGCCGAACUGCUGACCAAGACCGUGCUGACCACCGUUGCGGAGCCCGCCUCCCUCAAGCCGGAGUUGGAGAAGGUGCCGGAGGUCAAGGCCGCCGCUCCCGCCGAGAUCACUCCCUCGCAAGCCACCGAGCCGGCCAAGGAGAUCAUUGCCAGCGGCGUGGAGCUCAAGGCGAGUGCUCCGGACGUAGAGACCGCCCCGGCCAUUCCGGAGAAGAAGACGCUGCCCGAGUUGGAGGUGCCCAAGCCGCAGGAGAUCCCCGUGGAGGCCGAGAAGAAGCAGGAGAAGACCGCCCGCACGGAGACGGAAGUGAAGCCCACUGAGACUCAGUCCCAGUCGCAGGCCAUCAAGGCCAUUGAGCUGGCCCCCGAGGCCCCGGCCGCCAAUGCCGAGGUCCAGAAGCAAGUGGUCGAUGAGGUGAAGCCCCAGGAGCCCAAGAUCGAUGCCAAGUCCGCCGAGGAGCCAGCCGUGGUGCCCGUUGAAAAGGAGACAGCCGCCGUGCCGGAGCAGCCUGCCCGCCAGGAGAGGAUCAACGAGAUCGAGCAGAAGGAGGCCAAGAAGGAGACUAUUGCCACGGAGGAGCCAGCCAAGCCCAUCGAAGCCGCUGCCACCCCGGAGCCAGCCAAGUCGGAGACCAACAUUCAGGUGAUUGCCCCCGAGAAGAAGUCUAUUGAAUCGGUUCCAGCUGCCGCUGCUCCCGCUUCCGCUCCCGCGGCUUCUCCCGCCGCCCAGGCUGCCCAGGCCAAGUCGGGUGAAGCCCCCAAGCCCGUGGAGCAGCAGAAGAACACCGAGAUUGUAGCCGAGAGCGCUCCCGUCCUGAAGACCAAUGCCCCACUGGCACCGGCUGGCGCCACCAAGGUCACGGAGCCCCUGAAGGAGCAGCCAGCUGUGGAGACCAUUCCGGCCAAGUCCCUGCCCGAGGAGAAGAAGACGGAGGAGGAGGUGGUGGCGCCAAUUGCAGUACCAGAGCCAACUGCUGCCGUGCCCGAGGCCAAGAAGAUCGAUGAGGAACCCAUUGCCGAGCAGUCCAAUGCCCCAGCAGCUGCUCCAUUGGCUGAGCAGCCGAAAAAGUCAUCGGAGGAGAAGGGUGACAAGUCGGAGUCCAAGGCCGAUGACUCCUCGGAGUCCAAGGAGUCGGAGGAGAGCAGCGAAUCGAAGGAGAACUAGGGAUAGUCAGAGCUUUACACCCGACACCUUCAACCUACCAACUUGCCCCAAACCCUACCUAUAACCAGCACCACUAAAACCCCUUCCGACCAUCGCAAUCGCAGCAGCGUCUUAAUAUUACGAUCGUAGUUAGUGGUAUCCUUAGUUGUAAAUGGAGCAGAACGGAAUGACACAACACAGCACACACAUAAACAUGAAUAUGAAAGGCAUGAGAUCAAAAAAAUAAAAUAAGAAGAUGCCCGGAACAAUAGAACCAAGUGGCGGAUCGAAAGGAACCCACGCGUAGGCAUAACAAUUCCACAUAACACACACACACACACACAACAACAACAACAACAACAAACAGGACAAACCGCUAAGAUGGCAUAAAGUAAUACUUAUAAUUAUAAUUUAAUUAAUGUAAUUUUAAUUAAAUCUUAGUCAUUGCAAGACAACACACCACAUCAUACCCCUACCACAAUCCUCAAUCCAACCCAAUGUGUCCAUCUUAAACAAUCCCCGAAAAAAGCCAGCACUCGAGUAUCGCCUACGAUGCAUUAUAAAUGAAAAUCCUUUUUUUUAUUUGAGUUCUAACAUAAUGAAACUACAUUUAAUAACGAUAGUGUUAUAACGUAUAUAUGAGAAGAAGUAUAUAUGAUUUUAUAUAGACUGAGAAAAUUCUUAAAUAAAAAUCGAAAAAACUAAA